CUCGAUGCGCCUGGGAAGGGUCUGGAGUUGGAACAUACCACAAUCAGUUUUACGCGAGAAAAAUCAUCGUCACCGUCACCGUCAUUGUCAUCUUCAACAUCGCCAUCGCCAUCACAAUGCAUUCUCGCAGACAUCCCACUGGAUAUCUUUCUCGAGAUCCUAGACCGUUUGCCCCAUCCUUGGGUCAUCUCUCUAGCUUUAACAUGCAAGAAGUUUUACUUGGUGGUGAAGCUAUUUUACCAGAAAAAGCUAGCUCUUACGGAUCGCGAUGUUGCUAGUUUCACAAUGACUCUACAAAGAGAUAUACCCAACGUAUAUUGCUGCGUUGGAUGCCAUAAGCUAUGCCGCCUAAAUCCUCGCGGCAGCUGGAAAGAUCAAGGUCAUCGACAUUGCUCCGGCUCCUCUUGGUGGGAUUGGUGGGAUUGGUGUUCAGCUGGAAGUCGAUUUUCGAAAUCGGAAGCCAAGUUGCUCCUCUGGCAUCCCAGUACGGUGGAGGCCAGGAUUCCCUUCAUGGACGCAUACCUGGUAAUGAACCGUCAUUUUUAUGGUAGUCUUCAUGGCACCUCACUGCGGACCCUUGAGCGCCACGUUGCAUUCGAAAAAUAUAUCGAAUUCAACGACGAUAUUUCUUUGGACCCAUUUGAUUGGGAUGAUUAUUGGGCUAUGGAUCAGAGGCAUAAGUGCCUGAAAAUGUUCGGACAGGGCGUCCUUGACCGUAAACCAACAGGGUCGGCAGCCGGCGCCUUUGAGAGACCUUGGCGCUUUUCCUUUGACUACGUCCCCAGAAUUAUUAACGACGAGCUCUACAUUGCCAGAUUCCACAGGAUUGAUGGGCCCAUGGUAUCGUGGAAGCAUUUCGCCACCCUCUUGAGUAGCAUUCACUUACCACUCUGCGAUCACCUAGAGUUUGUGGCGGAGUCGCAUGGCGGCAUCCUCAUACAGCACAUUGAUAAGCCGAUCCCGCUCUUAUAUGUGUUGUUUGACGAAACGAUAAUCAAGAAAGGAGGUUCAUGC